CAACCAACCAUGGACAGUCUGGGCCUCAUGUGGGGUGUUCUGCUUGUAUCAGUUCUGCUGAGCGGACGUUUCCAGGUUGACGGCAGACAUCAUAGAGGUAAACGGGGCCCAGAAGAUGAGGAUACGAACAGGCUACUUGUCAGGGACACAAGAGAUGAUACGGACAAGGCUGAUGCCACCAACGAGAUUUCAAAGCUGUCCAACAGAACUACGUCGGUCACACCUACUAUGGUGUUCCUCAACAUCUUGGAUAACUACGAUCAACGGUUGAGACCAAACUUUAAGGGUCCCCCUGUGCAGGUUUACUGCUCAGCGUACAUAAACAGCAUCAGUUCCAUCUCCGAGGAAUCAAUGGACUACACCGUCAUGUUGUUCCUCCGGCAAAGAUGGAACGACCCCAGAUUCGUGUAUCACGACUACAACGACAGCAUCACGCUGUACGAGAAGGUCCUGGACAAGAUUUGGGUGCCAGAUAUCUACUUCGUGAACGAGAAAGGAGCGCCGUUUGAAUCGACUAGUGGACAUAGCACCCUGCUUAGGAUACAUCCCAACGGAGACGUGCUCUACAGUGCUAAGAAAACUAUCUUGCUGGCUUGCCCGAUGAACUUCCAACUGUUCCCGAUGGACAGUCAAGCUUGCAAGAUUAAGAUGGAGAGUUAUGGGCACACUACCAAGGAUAUAGAAAUCUGGUGGUCGAAGGAAGAUGCUGUUCUCAUUGACCAGGAUAUCCAGUUGCCGGAUUAUGAUCUGGUUACCUGGACAACUAACAACAACUGUGACAGUCAUCACACUACAGGUACAUACUCGUGCAUAGAGACGAAGCUGUUUCUCAUCAGACACAUUGGGUACUACCUUAUUCAAAACUACAUACCAAGCAUCCUGAUCGUGAUCCUGUCGUGGUUAUCCUUCUGGAUCAGUCCUGAGAUCGCCCCUGCCCGAGUGGCGCUCGGUAUCACCACUGUGCUCACCUCCACCACGCUCACUGUGGUAUCCCGCAGUGCCAUGCCUAAGUUCUCCUACGUUCGGGCCAUAGAUGUGUGGAUGAUGACCUGUGCCCUCUUCAUCUUCUCCGCGUUGGUUGAAUUCGCAGUCGUCCAUUUUAUCUUCAAGCGAGAUAAGAAGUUUGCCAUCUCCCGCAGAGCCAGGGAGUUAUCACAACGACUGCCGCGUAAGAAGAAGGCAACAGAUAAGAAAGAUGUCACCUCUGAGGAUGCCGAUGAUCAAGUUGACUUUAAGCCUGACAAAGGCAUGUCUUCACCAGAGCUUGACCAGGACACUGUUGCGGCUUCGGAAGAGGCGAAGCCACACCGCACCCCUGCUGAGAUCAAGGCCCUGUACAUGCGCAGGGCCCGGCGGAUAGAUUACUACUCCAGACUUCUCUUUCCACUACUGUUCACCGUUUUCAACAUUUUGUACUGGUCCGUGUACCUCUCCUGGUAUCACUGAAUGACUUAAUAAUGAUAUACUGAUCUGCUGGUCACCAGUAUAAUGUUUUCCUUUUGUUAGGUUCAUUAGACAUGAAAAUACUGCAACAACAUUACUGUAACACUGUAAUAUUUCAGAUUCCAUAAGCAAUAUCCUUCUUGCCUUAUUGGUACCUUGGCAUGGUCACUGAAACCUGUCUUACCUUAAUAAUUAUGCAAUGAUUAUAUUUCUUUGAAAUGGUGAGCAAUAUGUGUGCAUUCGUGUAAAUAUAAAUCAAAAUAUGUACUCACACACAUUUAUGAAAAGUGCACCUACGCACAGAAAAUUUGCAUUGACAGGACCGACCCAGUAUUACACGAACAAAUAGAGAUGGCAUGCAAAUAUUACAACAACAACAACAACAAAAUACAAAUGAUACGAAAGGAAAUACGACAUAUGCAAAUGCACAGCACUAAUAUUACAACACCUUGCCAACCGUUAAUACGCUCUUUCUAUCGUUUUCCUGCCAAAAAGACUGGACCGGUACAUUACUCUGUUUAUCACUUUUUGUUCUGAAUAUGAACAGGCGUGUUGAUUGGCCAAACCUGAGCGGGUCAACCAAUCAGAAGAGGCCUCGCCUUUGAAUUAGCUCACCAGACAAAGAGAACAUUUGGCAGUGAAGCAAUAGAAAAGCGUACUAAAGCAAAAGGAAGGCUGCAUAUACAGCACAGUGAACAUGAAUACUGCACAACCAGUUAAGGCAUCACCUUCACAUAGUGAACAGUUUCUAGUUAAGGAGUCUGAUACAUAUCAAAUACAAGCGGAUCAAAAUACACAGCACUGUACAGUAUCAAUUAUGUAUAUGAAUGCAUUAUCGCUACUUGGGGAAAGGGAAGGGUAAUAAAUGACCAAAAGGGCAAGCAUUGGCC